ACUCUCGCUCACUCCGCCCAGCUCAGUUAGUUGUGAUCCCGGCAUCAGUGUGAAGGGCUCAUCACGUCUCGCCCUGCAGCACUCCAGUAAACGACUACCGCUAGCAUCACCCACACACCCACCAUACCUUUGGACUAACACACCGUAGGGAGAGUGACCAUGAAGGGGAAGGUGUUAUGGCUGGUAGUGUUGUGUGCUGUGGCAGGCAUUCAUGGGUGUCCGAGGAAGAGCACACCCAGAGUUACCCCCACUGAGGCAACCAUACAGGCAGUCACGGCUCCUCCCGACGUCGAAAGGCCUGCAGGAGGAGCCAGCGGUUCCAGAGGCGGCAGCAGCAGCAGGAGCUCCGUGACAAACAGUGAGCUACAGCUGCUGACGGAAGAGCUACUGACGCUAGACAACGGGUUGGUCCAGCCCUCUGUCAGCCGCCAGGGGAAGACUACAUCCAGAUCUGAUGGAGAUUCAGCCAGCAACCCGUUGAUCGCCAAUGUACCCAGAAGCACAAUGAACAACCCCACAGUGGUAUUAAUGCAGCAACUCCUGGACAACUAUGAACCUCAGGUCAACAGACGUGAAGAUCGGACUUCUGCAGAACAAUCUGAAGAGAAUAGCUUCCUGGACGCCAUCAUGAGAGCCCCCCUGAUGGCCAGACUAGAGACCUUCCUCCAGCAAAAGGGGUUGAUCACCAGUGGAUUACGUUCAACACUGAAGGAUAUAUGGUUCACAUUAUACAAGCGAGGAGGACGACAACCUGGAUCCUCUGGUUUCGAACACGUAUUUGUUGGGGAGCUGAAGGGAGGAAAGGUCUCAGGUUUUCACAAUUGGCUCAACUUCAGGCAUGAGGAAGUGGAUGGUGACCUUAAUUACAAAGGUUAUAUGAAGGCUAUUGAUCUGAACGGAAAAGGUCAGAUCAUCAAGUUACGCUUCGACUGGCUGAAUGAACAGAAGCCUGUGGGCUCACUGUUCGUUGGCACAACACCUGAACUGGAAAUGGCUCUCUACACCCUGUGCUUCCUGGCAAAACCAGACUCUAAAUGCAGUGUCCAGCUGGCCGGCAAAAAGUUUAAAAUCCAGACCUGGACCGCCUCUUUCGGCGGUAAGACCGUCAUAGGCAGCGCUUAUCCAGACAUAUAAGCUGCCAGACUGUUGGAUGGCGGUAAUAUAUACUCGUAUACUGUAUAUACAGUGUAUAUACUGUUGGUGUAAUCUUUAUACAGUAAACUGUUAACUGAUCUUGUCUUUAAAGGUAUUAUCCAUUCUCCGUGUACAACCUUAAUAAAAUAUACUCCAGACAACUCUGCCAUACCACACCACCUCUCGGGAAUGUUGAUCAUCUUCCCUAUAAAUUACCAAAUACAUUAUUUCUUUGACAAAAUUCAUUGCUGUGUUAACAUUACCUUCCACGCGACUAUCGUUUAUUACUUCUUAUCAACUUUCUCCUGUAUUUCUGUAUUUCUCCUUGGUCUCUGUAUUUAAGUCAUUAUUCUUUAAUUUAUUUAAACUUCAAAAUUCAACUUUAAUAAAUUUCAACUUAUAUCCCCUGUAGCUUUAGUAUCAUUCUUGAUUCGCGUCACACUGCCAAACACGAGGGCUAGAACACCUGUUAGGAAAGUCCCACGUAAACAUGCAGUCAUUAUCUCGUUAUACAGGUAGCCAGUCGCUUCCUGUCAUUGUCUCUUCCAUUUCCGUUUUACAUAUCUGUAGAUUCUUCUCAUAAUAUAAAAAGAAAAUAAAAACUCUCCCCUUCAGCUUAUUUCACCUUAAGUUUAACCACCCUAACCUCAUUCCCCCAGGGUGGUUAAUCUUUAGGUGAUAUAAAAUGUGGGGAAAUAUUCUUAAGGUGAUCAAAAUAAUCUACUGUCGCUCGUUUCAUUUUUCUUCUUCACACACAAAAAAAAAAUGAUAUUUGUGAAUAUUAAGCUAACGUGAUGAACCGACACUCAUCCACAGUAUAAUUUAUGUAGCUACACCACGUUUUCUCGGUUGAGCUUCAGAAUGUACCCUUCAUCUUUAACGUGAGAAGGAUGUAUAAUGUUAAGAACCACACACUCACUCACUCACUCACUCACACACACACAAACAGGAAUAUGAUUGACUUAGUCUUUAUUUCUUAACUCUUCAUAAAAUAAACAAAGAAUAAUGAAAACAUGAUGAAGUCGCCAAUAGGUUUUAAGCAUGAAAAUAAUCACACCAUUAUGAUCUGUGACUUUUGUAUUGUACUCUUGACAUUAGUAUUUAAGUUGAUAAUUACUGUUUUCUUUACGUGAAGAUUAUAACAAACAGUUAAACACUUUUGAUAACUGUAAACAAACAAACAAAAAUACUCAUAUUUAUACAGACAUCUUUUGACAUAGCAAUUCAACUAUACUUAUGUGUAUGAUAAAUAUCUACCAAUUCUAUCAUUUAAACUUAAUCUUAUAUACAUAAAAUUAUGUAUACUAUGUACAGUAGAACUAAAUGUACUUAUAAAUUAUAUUAUCAAGUCUGUUUGUUAUUGUAAAGCCACAUAAUUAUUAUGUCAGGCAUCAGAACACUUAUUUGUUUGUCUUUUGUCACGAUGGCUGAGUCAUAGUACUGUGAAUAGUGAAUCAUAGUGUGUGAUCAGUGAGUCAGUAAAUGUAAACAAUGAGUCAUAAAGUAAUUAGUGAGUCACAGUUAUGUAAACAAGGUAAGAGAGCCAUGAACUGUUGUGUUGAGUGAGGAAAGUCUUAAAUAUUGUUUUCCUGUAUCAUUAUUAGUGUCGUAGAAUAUAAAUAAGUCUCUACAAUACCAGUACAUGAUGGCCAAAUCCCACAGCUAACCAAACUAAAUACAAUAAAGCUAACAAAAUAACUGUAAAUUACACUCUUGAUGAACUACAGAUUCAUACUUAAUAUUAUGUAUAAGGAAAUUUCCGAGACAUUAAAACACUAUAUAGAAGAAGGUACAGAAGGAGGACUUAAGAAUUUUAUUUUUUGUUAUUGUACGAAACAGAAUGUGAAGUUAUUAAGUAUACAGUAGUUACAAAUCACUUCCUGAUCUAUGUUUGACAUAAUAUUGUAUGGGGUCACAACAGGUAGUGGUCGAUUACUUCUUCCAUUAAUCGACCAUCAUUGAAAUUCUUAGUAAAUAAAACAACUGUUCACAUUGCACGUUA